UAAUAUUUAUUAGUACUGUAAUCGUUUCUAUAUAGUAUUUAAUAAUAUCACGUUUGCGUUGUUGACAUUAAUUUAUGAAAUACUCAUUACCAUGUUAAGUACAUAUGGGAUUGUGAUAAAAUUCUUCGUUCUAUUUUUUCUUUAUCCAUAUAAUUUAAGUGUUGACUGCGCGGAAGAAAAUUACUACAAGGGAUUUUCUAUAUUGUACAACAAUGGAAACCAUGAACCGUUCAAUACAGUACUGAAGAAAGAUAUGUAUUCUUAUCCAAAAGAAUGUUACAAAAUUUUAGAAUCGUUUUCACAGAGUGCAUCUAAUUUGACAAUGUGUUCAAUUUUAAAUGCACGACCAGUACGAUUGUGUGAAAAAUGUGUUGAUCAUUACGUUUGUUUUCGUAAUAAAUAUCAAGAGCUUCUUAAAACUGUUGUUAAUGGCACAUCCUGCAGAUCUGUUUUUAUGUCACAUGAUAGAUUGAAUGUGGUAUUGCAAUAUCAUGACAGCAUUUCAGCUGUUUGGGAACAAGGAAAUUGCAACAAUUGCUUUAACUGGACUGAUAAUAAACCAGCAAUAAAAAAUGAUAUAAACCAUUUUAUAAAAUUAUUUAACGACACCAUGAACUGUUUCUCCAACAAUUAUGAUCCAGAAAAUAAUAAUACAGUGUGUGAAAAAUGUAUGCAAUUCUACCUUCAGUUAGAUUCAUUCUAUGCUACUUUAAGCGCAGAUUCUAUGGGAUUGGAUUCUGUUUGUAUGGAUAUUGUUGAUUCUAUGAAUGCUACCAGAAGUAUUUGGAGCAAGACUUUUAAUUGUUGCAAGCUAAGAAGAUCACCUGAGAUUGUAUUUUUAAGCAGUGCUGGAGUAAUUGCCUUAUUACCUUUAAUAUUUUACAUAUCGGUAAGGUACUGUGGCCCAAUUAGAGAUUUGCCACAAGUUUUAAAACAGUCAAGGAUUAAACAAACAAUAUUAAGAUCAAUUAAUUCUAGAGAAGAUUAAAUGACAUAAUAUUUUUAAGUUAUGCCAAAGAUUAUUAUGAUAAAAUUGGAAAUUUUAAA